AAGGAUCGACGUGUUCAAGGUGAGCUCGAUCGCGUCUAUGUCGCCAGGCCAGGUUAGCGCUGCCAACCCUCUCCUGCAGACAUGCAACAAGAGGUCACGAAAGAGACCAUCACACUCGUUGAGGAUUGAGGCUGAUGCGACCAAAGGCAAGCCUUCUCCGCUACUGCCGAUUGGAGAUAUCCGUAAGAUACAGCAAACCAUAUUGCCGGCCUUUCAGAAAAGAAGAUCGUGUUUACUCAACGCGUCAACCAGCUGCUUACGCGCAAACUCGGUCUCCUCGAGUACGACCUACGGCAGGUGAUGGUUCCACCUUCCUAGGCUCUAUCUCACUAAACCCGUUCCGGGUGUUGGCUUUGCGGCGAAUGCAAUAAGAAAGGUUUCAAACCUACCAAUCCAGGACGGAAAGCUUGGAAGGGAGAAGAUCUGCGCAGGACCGCAGGAGCACUGAAGCUGUGGCUACCGUUAUGAGGAUCCUGCAAGUCUUCUCCCACUGAAACUCGCCUUUGGCCACCCCCCCUCUCUUCUUUCAGCAAAGAAGUGUCCAAUGUUGACUCGUCUACUCCCAUUCCACCUCCAGCCUCGAUUCUCAUCAAGAAGGACAGCCUCGAUGACCCGCCG